AUGGCGUGUGGAAGACACUGGGGAGUUGCAUUCAAUUUCCAGUGUUAAACUUAUGGUUGUAUAUUUUUCGGGAGUUUGGAAAUCAGAAUGAAAGGGAGGGUUUGUGAGAUAUUGACAGUACCAACAGUGUUCGUACUUUUGGAGUUGAUUUUGCUGUCGGCUGGGUUUGAGUACAAUCGAGUGCCGGAUCUGAUAAAAGUCCGGAGACGAGCUGAUGCUGGAGAUGCCGAGUUCGUUGCUCUGGACUUUAUAGGACUGGUUGCUGAACAGGGACGAGAAGCCGAGCGUUAUAGUGUCACCACCGAGGAUGGCUAUAUCCUGGCGUUAUUCCGACUACCCCCGAACCCAAACUCUCCGAGAAAUGUCGGUAAAAAUCGAGUCAUCUUCCUGCAUCCUGGACUGGCAGCCUCGGCCGACUGCUUCGUGAUAUUCGGAAAGGAGAGGAGUCUCGCACACAUACUGUCUGACGCUGGAUACGACGUGUGGAUAGGGAAUGUCAGAGGAGGCACUUACAGCCGGAAUCACACGACUCUCAAACCCACAGACGCCGAUUUUUGGGACAUUAGCAUCGAUGAUUACGCUCUCCUGGACGUCCCCACCAUGAUAGAUUACGUUCUAGAGACCACAGGACAAUCCAGGAUCUCCUACGUGGGCCAUUCUCUUGGAACCACAACCAUCAUGAUGCUGUUGUCGGCGAAGCCCGAAUACAACAAGAAGAUCGAUUUGAUAUUUCACUUUGCACCGAUGGCUUACUGGGUUACGAAGAGUCCAAUGAGGCUGAUCGUAAUGUCAGCUGGACAAUUUUUGCAGAAUCUGCUGGAUCCAAGGGGAGCAACUGAAUUAAUUCCUCAGAGCUCCACGUUCACAGCUUUCUUCAAACGACUCUGCGCGCCCAAUAAUAUUGUAGAUCUCUGUUAUCUGCCUUUUGAUUUACUACUUGGCGCCAGCAAUCCAGCGCAAAUGAAUAAGGCGACGCUCAUUAAUUAUCUAAAUUACUACCCUGCUGGAACAUCUGCCAAGGCAUUUUAUCAGUAUCGCCAACAUGCGCAGACCGGGAAAUUUCAACGAUACGAUUACGAAAAUCCGGAGUUGAACCUCAAGCAUUACGGCCAAACGACACCGCCACUCUAUGACACCAAGAACAUCGUUGUUCCGUCAGUGCUAUUUCGUGCCGAGAAUGAUCCGCUGUGUACAGUAGCUGACAUCAAGAGCCUGAUAUCUCACCUCCCUCGUAACCUCUCACUUCUUUACGAGGUUGUUCCUUACAAAGACUUCAAUCACCUUGACUUCGUCACCGCCAAAGACGUCAAGACCCUAGUGUACGACAGAUUGAUGGAGAUCCUCACUGGAUUCCACAAUAAAUACGAAAAUAAUGAUGAUAACAAUAGGAUCAAAUCUAAGUAUAAUAAUAACAUAUAAUUUUAAGUAUUGAAUUUGAUAUUAAUAUGUAUAAUCUGUUAAUAAUAAUAAUAAUUCGA